CAAAUUCACAACCCAAAUUCAAUCUCCUAAUCAAAUUUUAUUAUUUGUUCUUCAUAAACACAAUCAUGGCCGGAGGAAAGAAGACAAAGGCUUCCAAGAAGAAGGGCAACGCCGAAGCUACGACCUCAGCGCCCCCGCUGUUCCCCUACCUCGAUGGAUCCUUCUUGGAGUUCGGGUCGGAGGAGGAACUCACCCGGUUUCUCACAUACUUCGCCAAGCGCCCGAUCUCUCCGCCCCGCGUGCUCCCGGAGCUGUACCCUCAACAAAAGGGGUACCACGACCUCGACAAUCAACUCAAAGAGUCGGGUCUGUGGUCGUUCGUCUCCAGAAGCCGUCAAUCCUACAAUCCCGCCUACAUCCGAGCUUUCUACUCAAAUCUCCGCCGGGACGGGGACACCAUUCCCAGUAGCAUCAAUCUCUACGACAUAGAGAUUGAUUUGGCUACCUUCGCUCGGGUCGCAGGGCUGCCCACCCGCGGUGACGACAUCGCAACAUAUGGCGGCGAUGAUUGGAUCCUCAACAACGAGGCAGUGGUCAUCCGAGAGCUGGGAAUCACCAACCUCAUCCGUCACAGUGGCACACCAACCACUCAGCCCCGCCGGAGAAGCGUCUUCUACUCUAUAUCCUCACCCGGAUUCUUCGCCCCCGGGACGCGGAGCUUGCCAUACGCCUUCCUCGUCAUGGACCUCAUCGUCUCCGCCGACAUCCACAUCGCCGGGCCAAGCACGAAGAUGACGAAGAUUUGGAUCAUCCAAGAUAGCACCUUCCGGAAGAAGUCCGAAGACCAAGACGGCGCAGGACCAAGUCGGGCUCCAGCCCCCGCACCCGCCAAGGCCUCCUUACAGUCCAUAGCCGAUACCCUGAAUCGGCUAACCAUCACCGUGGACGGCAUGGGCCAAUACUUGGAGCGGAUGGAUAGCACGCUGCAACGCCAACACCACGACAUGAGGGCGUUCUUCCGCGGCAUCAACUACGUCCCGCCGCCCUUUGACACCACCUUCCUCGGCCAGAACUAUGAAGGCGAGGACAAGGAGGAUAACUCCUAUGCUCCGUCCUCCUCCCCCGACGAAGCCGACUUUGAGGACGCCGUCGACGGGGAUCCCAUGGACGUCGAGGACGACGAAGAAGACGAUGACGCCGAGGACGAGGACGCCGAUGCCUAGACUCUUCUUUUCUUUCCUUUUCCUACUAUGAUUGCACUUCUUUUACUUCCAUUCCGUUGUAUUCUGCAUUUUCCCUCAUUUUAAUAAAAGUUCACUUUUAAAUUCUAAAGUUUACUUUAAUUCUUUUUGUUAAUGUCAAAAGGGGGAAGAUAUCAAGGUUAUGCAUAAAUUGAGGGGGAAUUC